ACAGGCCGCAUGGAAGGAGAAGUUCACUUUUCAUCGUAGUAGACUUGGAUCAUGGAAGAAUAAGGAGCAUGCAGUCAUCAUAAAGUGGAGCCGGAGGAUAUUAAAAGAAGAGCCAGAGCAAAGAGAUGGCACAGCAAGAAGAACCUCUGUAUGACUUCCCGGAGCCUGCCAAGCCAUCAGUGCGCAAGUCCUUGGGGCAUCAAAGGGGACGAGGCUCUCUGAGAAGCAUCAGCGUACUGGACCGCCUCCUGCUCACAGUUCCUGUGUGGCUCCAGAUAUCGAUCAACCCCGCCACUGCACUGCACAUACUCCAGAGAGAGCCUCCUGGGACAUUCCUGGUGCGAAAGUCUCGCACAUCCCAGAGGAAUGUGCUGUGUGUCCGUUUGGCAGAUGACAGCGUGCCGUCCUUCGUUCAGCAGUUUGGCAUCAGGGAGGAACACUGCACUCUGACUCUGGAGACUUCAGCCAUCAGCUUUCCAGAUCUCCCAAGACUAAUUUCCUUCUAUUGUGUCAGCAGAGAUGUGUUACCUUUCCCUCUGGAGCUUCCUGAAGCCAUUGCAAAGGCAACAUCCCACAAGGAACUCGAGUCCAUCUCACAUAUGGGAAUAGAAUUUUGGAGUUCCCACUUAAAUGUCCGUGGGCCACGGGAGGCACCUAAGCCCCAGAAGGAGAAUGAGGAGAAGCCAGACACUGUAACCCCGGCCCCGCCCACUGCUCCACCACAGAAAAGCUCUGAAUCAGCUCCCCAGCCCGACUCAGACCAUCAGAUCAAAAUGGUGCUUGAAUCAGACACUACAACCAAACAAUCACAUCCCAACCCCACUCUGUUCCACGAGUUUUGUCCCAUCGCGACGCGCACCCCCAGAGAGUUGGACUGUGGCUCCGGCCUGGGCGCGCUGUGUUUCAUCAACCCUCUUUUCCUGCAGUCUCAGAACGCUUUGUCCAGACGGCGCAUGUUCAAACGCAGCCUCAAGGUUCGGGUUUCCACAGAGUCAUCGACACUACUGUCACCCCCUCUUGCUCCGCCACCUCCACCGCCUCUAAUGCCUAAAACUAAGAGGAGAUGCAAAGUCCAGAAACAGGGACAAAGAGCCGCCCAACCCACUAAAGGCCCAGGCCUUUUACACGGUGAGAACCCAAGUCAAGCCACUCAGAGUGAUCCCACAGCUCUGGACACCCAACCUCUGUCACAGACACCAGACACUCCCAGCGAGGCCCAAAUGCAGCCUCCAUCAGCUGCUCCUCACUUCCAGCCCGAGAUGCAGGAUCAGGGCCAAACUCAGGAGGCUACAGCUCAGCUGCCAGCAGUAAUGGAGAAUCUCCCAGAUGACUCCGACUACAUGCAGCCCUCUCCAAUGAUCAAUUUCUCCCAAUAUCCGUCACUCUCUCCUUACCUCUCCCCAGCUGUUUCUCCCAUGGCGCCUCCACUUUUCCCUAAAGUAUCUCCAUCCCUCUCUCCUCACAGCUCUCCUGGCAUUUCUCCCUCUCUCUCCCCUUAUCAAUCCCCAUCUCUUUCUCCCAAGGUCCCCUUUUCUCUCUCUCCGCAUGACUCACCCAGCGCUUCACCGUCUCUUUCACCUUAUCAGUCCCCAUCUCCUUCUCCAAAGGUCCCCUUCUUGCCGUCUCCCUUCACCUCUUCACCCAUCUCUCAGCUGGCAGAGGAGGCUUAUCACACACCUGCUACCCCUUCAAGACCAGAUAAGCAAAGAUCAGACAGAGACGCUGAGGGAGAGGCAGCAGGUGCAAAUGAAAAUAAGGAUGAAGACGGUGAAACUGAUGAGGAGCUGCACGAAAAGGGGGAGGAGGAGGGUCUGGUUUUACAGAUGAAUGCUGCUUCUCUUAAUGACAGACAACUGCAGUUCCUUUAGCAGUCCUGAGGGGGCAGCAGAGACUCUAUCUCACUCACCCCACAACCGGAGUAACGGUACAAGCCUCUAGCAAACAAAAAUAUGAAUUGCAUUACAUGAUAUCAUGAAGCACUAUGUAGAAUUAGAGUAGAUAAUGUUGACAGCAUCCCAGUGCAGCAGCGUACAAAGACAUUUUUAGAGAAGAUAAAAAUACUUUGUAUUAAAUGUUUUUCAGUACAAAGACAAAACUUCAGUCACCUUCAUCCUUCAACUAAACGUGUCAUUUUAAAAUAGGUCCAAGCUGAAUCUUCGGGGCUAUUUGUUAUCUUCUUAAAAUAUACUGAAAGUCAAUCUCAGCUUGUGAGUGAAUUUCAUUAAAACGAAACAAGACAACAACUGUU